ACCGCCGAGCUGCUAAUCACACGCUCUGAGACAAAACAGCACUUCACUUCGGGAUCUGGGCAAGAUCAGACUUCCCUCCCCUGCUUUCCCCUCCCCUCCCUCUCUGCUCCCCUCCCUGCUUUUCCCCUCCCCUCUCUCCCCGGCAGCCGCCGAGCCGGUCCCUCCGAUCCGACCUGGCAGGCUCACGCUGGGGGCCGCUGCCGGCUGGGGCUGCCCGAGACGGCUCUGCCCUCCCUGCCUUGUCCUGCCCUGCCUUGUCCUGCCCUGUCCUGCCCGUCCCGCCGCCUCCCGGCCCGGCGCCCACCCUGCCCCGCUCCCGGGCACCGCCGCCCCGGCGAUAAAAAAAAAAAAAGUUGCUCCGAGGAUGGGAGCGCAUCUGCAGCCGCUGGCCCUGCGGCUCCUGGCGCUGACUUUCCCCUUGGUGGCGAAGGGUUUCUCCGACGAAACCCUGGAGAAAGCCGCGAAAUCCGAGGGAUACUGCAGUCGGAUCCUGCGAGCCCAAGGCACCAGGAGGGAAGGGUACAAUGAGUUCAGCCUCAGGGUGGAGGGCGAUCCAGAAUUUUACAAGCCUGGAAACAGUUACCGGGUGACACUUUCUGCUGCCACCCCUGCUUACUUUCGUGGCUUCACGUUGAUCGCCCUCAAGGAAGGAAAAGAAGGUGACAAAGAGGAAGACCACGCAGGAACUUUCCAGAUCAUAGAUGAGGAAGAGACACAGUUCAUGAGCAAUUGUCCUGUUGCUGUGACUGAGAGCACACCUCGGAGGAGGACACGCAUUCAGGUGUUUUGGACGGCUCCUCCUACAGGGACAGGCUGUGUGAUUCUGAA